GCACGCUCCUCACUCUCACAACGCUCCUCACUCUCUAGGCCAAAACACGCUCAGCCUUGACGGGCAAGAGUUUGACGCGCGUGUGACCGGAGCGCGCGGCGGCGAUGGCGAACGGCGACGAGGACAUGGCCACCACGGGAUUGAUGAAGACAGAGGGGCUGAAGGUCCUAGCUGUGGACGAUGAUCCCGUCUGCCUCCAGACCUUGACGCAGAUGCUUCGGCGCGGCGGCUACGAAGUGACGGCCAGCGCCUCGCCUGUAGAUGCGCUGAAAGAGGUGGAGAAGAACCCGGAUGGGAUCGACUUCAUCAUGACCGUCGCACGGACGUGGGGACGAGGGAUGGACGGCUUCGGCCUUGUCAAGCGCGUCGGGAAACGUUACCCUGUCAUCCUUAUGUUCUCGGGCGACGAGACCAUGGAGACAAGGGAAAGGGGAUUGCAGGAAGGCGCUUGCUACUUGAUGGACAAGCCCCUACAUGACGUGCAGAUAUACUUCAUCUGGCAGCACGUCGUGCGGUGGAGGCGCAAAGCCGCCAGCGCAGCCACGGAGAACCCUAACCCUCGCCACAGCCAAGGCGUCCAUCUGGAUGACACGCCAAGGAAGAGAGGGCAAGGACUGAACGAUUCCAACAAGGGCAAGGGGGCUUCCGGGGGCGGCCUGCAGCUGGGGACCACAAAGAAGAAAAAGGUCGAGUGGACUACAGAGAUGCAUGAAUUGUUCGUCAAUGCAGUGACCCAGCUAAAGACAACAGGAGACGACACGCCAAACAAUAUAAGAGAAUUUUUGGAGAUUGACGGUAUAUAUGUAACUACAGCUCAAGUCAGUAGCCAUCUACAGAAAUACAGAAGCGACUGCCGUAAGGGUGGGCUAUCAACCAUGCCAAGCUCUAGGCCACCACAUUCUAAUAAUACUUCCAAGAACUCUUCGGAAUCUCAAGAAAGUGAGGGAAGUUACAGAUUCCAUAUGAGGUCCCAGGGAGCAAGAGAUAUUAACCAAACCAGUUGGCUAAGCGGUGGUGCAUCACAAGUUGACUAUGGCAUUCUUGGAAAUGGGAACCACACAACUAAUCUUGGUGCAGGUGCUGCUUAUGGUCAUGGUUAUCAUCAUGGUAAUGGCAUUGGCGACAUAAAUGGUUAUGAUCAUCAUUAUGCUACUCUCAGUGCUAAUGAUUAUGAUCAUCAUUAUGGUAAUGGCAAUAAUAAAUCUUAUGGUUAUCCUCACGGUAAUUCUAGUGAUAAUAGUUAUGGUAAUGGUAAUGAGGGUCGUGGUGGAGUUAUAACAAGUGGAAGCAUGGUAAGUGCAUCAUUGUCGUCCAACCUAGCACCAGCAGUACAACAUGGAAUGCGUGGAGAUGCUUCUGCUGGCCAGACCAGCGCAGUACAGCCUAAAAACCUUGACAGUGUUUGCAACACUAGUUCUGAAACAGCCGGCACAUCAGGUGGAGGUGGGCUAACUAUGGAGGAAUAAGAAAACUUUGCGAAGCACAUGUAGUCAAAUGGAUUAAUGGGUCUUCAAAUCACAAAAAUUUAAGGGAGAAAUUGAUUGCACCAAGAGUUGUUGCAUGAGUGAUAUUGGUGUUAAGUCCAAACAUGAAGAUGGUAACCUAGUGAUGGACAAAGAUGCAAGCUUACUGGAUGCUCACCGCAUGAAUUAUUAUCAGUUUUAAAAAUUGUGUGAUCAUAGUAUACUGUUGUUGGCUACUGUUGUGAUUUUUGUGAAGUACUUUAGUGUUAUUACAAAUUUCUCUCAAAACAAAA